AUGAAUUGGCUGGCGCUGUGGUCAGCAGUAGCAUUUCUCCUCGGGCCGUUAAUCACUUUAAUUCAUAGUGAUCGCGUAGCGUUAUUAGAAUGUGAAGCUAAGAGCUCGUGUUUGGCCCAUGUGGAUGAGGCUGUUUUGGAAGUGAUACGAGAGCAUAUGUACAAUACUUCGGAUGCUUGUGAGAAUUUUUGGGAUUACGCCUGCGGUUCGUGGACAGAGGGUCCCUAUUAUGAUCAUGUGGAUACAUUGGGAGCCAUGACCAAUCAUUAUGCAGACAAGUUGAAAGUUAUAGUGGAGAUAUUGAAGACAGCUGCCGAGGAUCCCGAGGACAACACACUAAUGGUCAACAAAAUAUGGCGUUAUUAUGAAAGCUGUAGUGCAAGUGGCAACUAUUAUUUGGAAGUAGCAGAAUAUUUGAAGGAAUUGCCAAUGCAUCAAGUGUGGGGAGAACAAUUCCAAUGGCAUUCUAUGUUCAAUAAGACCUCAUUUGCUGAGCACAACAUCGAUUGGCUGACAUUAAUGGCCACCUUGAGGCCUUAUGGUCUAAAUGGAAUUUUCUUUAAGGAAUCCAUGGGCUUUGCCUCCAAUGAUUCUUGGAAAAAUGUGGUGGAAAUUAAGAUACCCACUGCCCGAAAACGUUUUCGCAGCAAAUAUAAAAUCUUGGAAAUUUUGGAAGAGUAUCAUUUUGAAGCUUAUGCGUCUUCCGAGGAGCUAUGGCUGUUGGCGGAAGACCUUUACGCUUUUGACAAAGAAAUGGUGGAAUUGUAUAGAGGCUAUGAGGAAACGGGGAAAAAUGUAAAAUCCCUAACCUUGGAAGAACUUUUAAAUGCAGACACUCUAUUGCCAUGGCAAAAGUAUUUUGAUCUUCUCAUAGGCAAACACUUAGAUCCUCGUUUGGUCUCCUUGGAAAUUGCCGGAAAAUUGGAUUAUUUUAAAAAUCUCCAUGAACAUUUGCAGCAGAAAGAUGGCCAAAUUGUGUUUUGGUAUAUUAUCAUAAAUUUCUGCCAACAUCUAUUGGAUAUAAAACCCCUGAUAACAGAUCGCAAUUGUUUGCUGCACACAAAUGUAAUGUUUCCCUUGGGCCUCAAUUAUAUUUAUGAUCGUUUUCUGUAUAAAAAUCGGCAAAAAGAUGAAAAGGUGUUGCAAGAUAUGCUCUCUGGUUUAAAAGGUCAAUUUGCUGUGUAUGUGGAGGAAAAUAAAUUCCAACUCAGCAAUGAAGAAAUUGAAUAUCUAAAGGCCAAGGUAUCUGCAAUUCAACUACAGAUAGGUAAUUUACCCUCCCACAUACCUCAUCUCAAUGAAUACUAUUCCCCCAUAGACCUAUCGCCUACGAAUUUCUAUGCCAAUCAUAUGAAAAUGUUGAAAUUCCGUUUUCUCCAACAACAUUUGUCGGUGUGGAAUCCCAAGCGCCUGUACCUUCUAGCCGAGAACUACUAUGUCAAUGAUGAUAUCUCCACUCCACGCAAUGCUCCUUAUUUCAUACAUCCCCGCAAUCUUUUGAUGAUUCCCAUGGUCUUUCUGCAGCUGCCUUUCUACCACCACAGCCAGAAUCCCAUUUUUCACCACUCUUUGGUGGGCUGGAUCAUGGCCCAUGAAUUAUCGCAUGGUUUCGAUUCGCAUGGCCUAGCUUUCGAUGCCAAUGGCAAUUACAGUCCCUUGGGUUAUCAAAUAUCCCUUAAAUCAUCAUUUGUGCAUACCUUGGAAUGCUUAACCAAAUCCAGUGCCACUUUAUCCAUCAACGAAAGAAUGGCCGAUGUCAAUGGCUUGCAGUUGGUAUGGGAUUUGUAUACACAAAAUUUUCCCCAGAAUUCUACCGACUUGUCCUUGGAUCUUAGUUCGGAAGAAAUAUUUUUCCUUAAUUUGGCUCAAUUUUUCUGUGGUUCCUUGCCACCCACCACAGCUCAUGAUCGCGAUGAUGUUCGUGUGAAGGAAACCUUAAGAAAUUUAAAGGAGUUCUUACACAUCUUUGGCUGUGAAAAAGCUACUAGAAAUUAUUCUAAAAAUAGCUGUGAUAUAUGGAGAAAUUAA